AUGAAGCAGACAAGAGUCUGUCAAGCUGCGUGGAGACGACAAGAGUCUGUCAAGCAGUGGGAGCAGACAAGAGAGUCUGUCAAUAAAAGACACGCUCCUCAGCAUCAUCCACCCCUCCUCAGCAUCAUCCACCGCUCCUCAGUAUCAUCCACCGCUCCUCAGCACCAUCCACCGCUCCUCAGCAUCAUCCACCCCUCCUUAGCAUCAUCCACCGCUCCUCAGCAUCAUCCACCGCUCCUCAAAAUCAUCUGCCGCUCCUCAGCAUCAUCCAACGCUCCUCAGCAUCAUCCAACGCUCCUCAGCAUCAUCCACCGCUCCUCAGCAUCAUCCACCGCUCCUCAGCAUCAUCCACCGCUCCUCAGCAUCAUCCACCGCUCCUCAGCAUCAUCCACCGCUCCUCAGCAUCAUCCACCGCUCCUCAGCAUCAUCCACCCCUCCUUAGCAUCAUCCACCGCUCCUGGGAGCCCGACCGCGGGGAUCAAAGCCAACAGCCCCAACAGCCCCAACAGCCUCAACAGCACCAACAGCCCCAAGAGCCCCAACAGCCCCAACAGCCCCAUCAGUCCCAACAGCCCCAAAAGCCCCAGCAGCCCCGAGUUUACUGACGGCGAUCAGCAACCAUCGUCUUGUUCAUGUGAGUUUCAAUAG